CAGAAAGAUUGCCUUUAAUAGGAACGACAUGUGAAUGUUUACGGUAGCGUUUGGUAAGUUAAGGAUUACAACCGGUAGCGCGGGGCUAUUACGACAGUUUGGAACCCAUUUACGGCUCAUUAUCCUAGCGCUCAAUACAAAGCAUGGAGUCAGAAAACACCUGCGAACAAUCUUUCCAAGACGAUCCUGAAAACGAUGGAACGGGCGGUUUGGCCGAGGAAGCAAGUACAGAGGUGGGACAAGAGGUUUCCGCUACCGAGCAAGAGAGUUCUGGUGCUGAGCAGGCACUUCAAGAGGCAGGGGAAGCAGGUUCUGCAGAAAACGCCAAAGCUGAUGCUGAUUCUGUAGACAGCAAAGAGAAAUCUGCAGACAAUGACCUCAGUAAAGAAAAGACAGAUGACUCAAAGGUGACCAAAACUGUUGCUCAACAUUACAAUGAACUGAGGGAGUCCGGCUUGGAAGCUCGUGGCAACAGUCGUAUAUUUUAUCUCAGGAAUUUCAACAACUGGAUUAAAAGUGUUUUAAUUGGAGACACUUUACAGAAAGUCCAAAAAGAGAGAAGCUGUGAUCAUAAAUAUGUUGUACUCGACAUGUGCUCAGGAAAGGGAGGGGACAUGUUAAAAUGGAAGAAAGGUCGAAUCAGCAAAUUAGUAUGCGUUGAUAUAGCAUCGACAUCAGUCGAACAGAGUGAAGCAAGAUUCAAAGAUAUAGUUGAACGGAACCAGAACAGUAAAAGAAGAGAACAAAUUUUUGAUGCCGAAUUUAUAACUGCUGAUGUUAGCAAGCAAAGACUGAAAGACAUGUAUAAAGACCCAUCGAUCAGUUUCGACCUUGUUAGUUGUCAGUUUGCACUGCACUAUUCCUUUGAAAGCUACUCUCAGGCCGAUAUGAUGAUGAAGAAUGUUGCUGAAUGUUUGCAGCCAGGUGGUUACUUCAUUGGAACAACCCCUAACUCUUAUGAACUUGUAAAUCGCUUAAGAAAAAGUGAAACCAAUUCUUUUGGAAAUGAUGUUUACAAAGUGGAAUUUUUGAGUGAAGACAAGGAUAAUCUGCCAUUAUUUGGGUCUCAGUAUUCCUUUCAACUGGAGGGUGUAGUUGACUGCCCUGAGUUUUUGGUAUAUUUUCCUGCAUUGGUGAAGUUAGCUGAAAAGUAUGACAUGAAAUUGGUAGAGAAGCAGUCGUUUUCAGAUUACUUCAAAAGGCAUCACAAGACAAGUGAAAACCGUACCCUCCUUGGACGCAUGCAAGCUUUAGAGCCUUAUCCUGCUGAAAAUUACGGCAAAUUAAUUAGUUCCAAUGAAAAAGAUUACGCAUUUGCCAAAGAAGCGUUGGAUAAGGACUUACCUAACCAGCAACAAUCGAACAGGCGUCCUGUCAAAGUUGGUACCUUGUCAGAACCUGAAUGGAAAGCUAUCAGUCUCUAUAUGGUGUUUGUUUUCCAAAAAGUGGGGGACCAAAAGGAUGAGCCUAAGGCAGAGGUGGAGGAAUCUGCUGAACAAGAAGAAGAAGAGCCCCAUGGUGUAAAACGGAGUUUGUCUGAGCCUGAGGAGGAGGAGGAUGAUGAUGAUGAGAACAAAGCAUCUGAUGCUAAAAUUAUACAUACAGUGGAUGAUGAUGAAUAAAGGGUUGUCGGCCCAUUAACUUUUGCUGUCAUCGUUCAGCCAGUACAACUGGUAAGGCUUUCCAGCCUCCGCUUGUACUCCACUUUAAAAAUUCUUAACUAUUACCACAGGAGCAGCCACUGAGGCUAAUAACCAUUAUAUAUAUAUAUAUAUAUAUAUAUAUAUAUAUAUAUAUAUAUAUAUA